AACUCACCAGUCAUCACUAGCCUCAAUAGUCAAUUACCCCCCAAAAAGAGAUUCAAUAAAAGCAUUAAAAGUGACUUUGUGUUUUGUGAUCACAAAGAGAAUGGCAUCCACUAAUGAGACUGAAAAUCUGGGUGAGAGUGAUACUCUGAUGAAGCUUAAACAUGUUGGGAGGAAGCUUCUCAGAUGCAAUGUUCCUGUUGAUGAGCUUCUUGAACUGCUUGAUAAUCUGGACCUGAUACUAUCAACAGUCAAUCAAUUACCAAGUGAGCCAAUGCAGGAAGCACUUGUACCUUCCAUGAAAGCAUUGAUUUCUGAUGAACUUCUAAGGCACACAGAUGAGGAUGUUAAGAUUUCGGUUACAUCUUGCAUUGCUGAGAUUACAAGAAUUACAGCCCCGGAUAGCCCUUACGACGAUGAACAGAUGAAGGAAAUAUUCAACUUAAUGGUGGCAGCUUUCGAUAAAUUAUCUGAUAUAUCUGGCCAUUAUUAUGAUAAGGUGCUCUCGAUACUCGAUAAUGUCGCAAAGAUCAGACUAUGCUUGGUCAUGCUGGACCUUGAGUGUGAUAACUUGAUUAUUGAGAUGUUUCAACAUUUCUUGAGAAUUGUAAGGUCGAACCAUCUGCAAGAUGUAAUUGAUUCCAUGGAAUUAAUAAUGACUCUGGUAUUGGAUGAAAGUGAUGAAGUUUCGGCAGACCUUCUUAGACCUCUAUUAGAUAGUUUAAGAAAGGAAAAUCAGACAAUUUCUCCUACUUCUUGGACACUGGCAGAGAAAGUAGUUACCAACAGUUCGGUUAAGCUUAAGCCUUAUCUUUUGAGAGCAGUGGAGUCCUCAGGCAGAGCUCUCAAUGAGUAUGCGCAAAUUGUAACUUCUAUUUGCCAGAAUGAAUCUGAAUCCUCCCAACACGAUCACUCAAACGAAUACAAUAAGGAAGUGGUUCAAGCUGUCGAGAAUGAGCCUGAUGUACCCAAAGAUGCAGACGAACAAGCAACAACGGCAACAACUCAGAUUGAUGCAGAGGAACAACCAACAACAGUGACAAGUCAGAUUGAUGCAGAAGAACAACCAACAACGGUAACAAGUCAGAUUGAUGCAGAAGAACAGCCAACAACUGUAACAGCUCAGAUUGAUGCAGAAGAACAACCAGCAAUCACAACAACUAAGAUUGAUGCAGCCAAAGAUGCGGUCGAACAGCUCUCCGACGUCAACAAGGGGCUCAAACCAGACAUUACUUGUGAGAGAGGUGCCGAGAUUAUAGAAGAAACAAAUUUAAAUAUAAUAAGUGCCCAUGGUUCUACCAUGGAUGAUCAAAUUAUCAAAGAGUCUGAUUCAAAAAGGAAACCGCAUCCUGAUCAUACUAAAAACUCCAAAAGUAGUGACACACAAGCCAAUUCAGAAGCAGGAAAUUUAGAUGCUGUUAAGGAAUCAAGAUCAGAAACUCAUCCAAAUACCAGGUCGAUUAAGAGGGGUCGUAAGCCUAAUUCUUUAAUGAAUGCUGAGGAAGGCUAUGACCAUUCCUGGAUUCGUUCGGGAAAGAAAACUCGAAAACUGACUUCAUCUAAAAAGAAUGGUAAUAGCAGCUCUGUUUCUCUGCUUCCUGAGGGUCCUACAUCCCAAAAUGAUGAAAUGCAGUCGAAGCCUGAAACUGCAAGCGAAGCUCAAGCUUCUCAGCUGGAAAAAGAGAACACUCCACAACCUGUUCAAUCCAAAAAGACUCGCAAUGUUAGCCGAGAUUCUUCACCGAAUGAGAACCCUGCCUCCGGCAAGGAAAAUGUGCCAUCGAAGCACAAAGAUACCUGUGAAGAACAUAAAGUUUUAGCUUCCGAAACAAAAACUGAUAAUAAUACUGAUGUUAGUGCUCCUUCACCGAAUCCUAACUUUCCUGAUGCAAGCCGCCGGAAAAGGGGCCGACCAAGGAAAAAAGUUAGCACAGGGAAUCAAGAUGUUGAUCCAAAUUGUUUGUCAAAGUCAAUGAAAGACAAUUCAAGUCCUCAGCCCGAGGGAAAUUCUUCAGAAUCUCCUAAUGAUAAGUUGAAAAAGGAAUCUGAAGUAAGGAAAGAUUCUGAAGUAAAACCUCAUACUUCAAUUAGGAAAAUCAAAUUCACUAUGAAGAGUGAUAAGAAAAAUGCUGUGGCUCCCAAAUCAGUAGUUGUUGGGAUGGAACCUAAGGUUCCUUGUGAAGAUGAUCAGAAACAAAAGUCUGCUGUAAAUGUUGAGGUGGAAAAUAGAGAAGAGGACAAACCCCCAUCCCAAAAAGAAGCUAAGAAAAGGAAGAAGCUUAAAUCUACUGCUAAUAAGGAUCUCGACAAAUCGUCUGCUGAUGAGGAGCUAAUUACAGGAUUUGCAAGUAAAACAUUAAAUGGAGUUGAAAAAUCCCCUCAAACAAGGCUGACAAGAAGGCAUGCCAAAGGAAAGGAAUCGAAAACAGUUGACCUUGUCGAACCAUUGCCUGGUAGUAAGAUCAUGGUCUGGUGGCCAGCGGACAAAACGUUUUAUGAGGGGGUUGUUGAAUCCUAUGAUCCUGUCAAAAAAAGGCACACGGUUUUGUAUACCGAUGGAGAAACCGAAAGAUUAAACCUUAAAAAGGAGAAAUGGAUGGCUGCUUCUGCAGAGGUACAAGGACUUGCUCUUCAGAGACUCGCCGAGGCAUCGGAUACAACACAAAUGAACAACAAUGAAAUAUCAAAGUUGGAGUUGGCAAAGGGUGUAAAAGUCGACUCUAAAAAAUCCAGGGGAAGACCUUGUGCCGGCACCUCGAAAUCGAAAUCUGUAAAAUCUGUGAUUCUGUCUGCACUCGACAAAGCGAGUUCGGCUGAUGAUGCCCCGGACCAUCCGCUUGCCGGGAACACAAAAGCCAAGCGAUCAAAGAUGGGUUCCGAGCUCAGGAAGAAGCGCAAGAUGCUUGAAUUUUGAAGUAGGAAAUGUGCCAAGAAAAUGUUACAAGCCUUAAUGUGAUAUAAUGUAGUGUUUAUGUAAAAUUUGUAAGUUAAGUCUCUUUUUGCUUCUUAUUCAAUCUCAAGAACUAACCUUGCUAACUAGAUAGUUUAAGCAUAUUUUAAGGGAGGUUUAUGUAAAAUGUUUUUAUGUGUAUAGUAUGAUGAUGUCUACUAUUUAUGCUUCAAGGGUUUGUUUUGGAAGGAAGUAUAGGC